GUGGUUACCUUAGCAACAUCGACGGGGAUUGGUCAGGUCCUGUUUGCCUCCCGUCGCUGCUGAAUUAAGGCUAAAAAGUUUCGCUAGUGAUUUUUUUUUCCGCGUCUGGAACGUCUAUAUACUAUCUUCAGUAAAUAGACUACUGCAUAAUUAUUAGUACUUUCUCGUUCCGACUUUUAGCACAACUUCACUGACAUGUUGCAACAGGUUGGUGCUUUGUUUGCCUUUAAAGUCAAGCAAAGCAGGUCAAGCUAAAGUUAUAAUGCUAGCAAUCAAACCAAGCCGCUAACGUUACUGGGUAACUUUGCUGUUAAGCUGGGUCAGUAGUGCCAUGACGUCUCCACCGGAUCAAGGUGUACACUCAGACAGACUGGAGGCCGUGAUUCAGAAGUUGGAAGAAUCUCUACUACACUCUAAUGACAGCUUAGGCGAGAAGAAUGUGCCACAUCAGGGUGAUGGACAGGAGCCCACACAUAUGCCUGUCUCCACCCACAUCCGCCAGAUCAUCACACGCAAUCUUUCUGAGCAUCAAGCGGGUGAGGCCAGUGAAAUCAAGGAGGACAUAUCCCUAAGCGGACCAGUGUCGCCAAGUGACAUGGACCAUGAGCAGCUGCUAGUCAAACACCCCAACUUCACAGAGAUGCUAAAGCUUGAUCAGAUACUGACGCUACAGUCGACAAGUGACUCGGACCAGGACAGUGGAUCACCAGAAGUUCUGCAACUGGAGAGUAAAGAGCGAGUUUACAGACAAAAACUGCAGGUCUACCAAGAGGCCCAACAGAGACAGGCCCAAAUUGUUCAGAAGCUGCAGUUCAAGGUUCUUCAGUAUAAGAAAAGGUGUGGGGAACUAGAAGAUCAGUUACUGGAGAAAUCAUCAGAGUCUGAGAAGAUGAGAUUGAUGCUGCAGGUCCACCUGGACUCAGCCCAGCGUCAGCAGCAGACAGAGCAUGAUCUUAGUGUGACUAUACAGAAAAAGGCUGACCAGCUGGAAGAGGAGCAGAGGAGGUGUGCCAACCUCCGGCAGGUGAAUUCUAUGCUACGGGAACACCUGGAACAGGCAGGCACUGUCAACCAGGUGUUAACAGAGAGCCUGUGGAAGGCUCGAGAAGAUGCUGAGUUGUGCGAUACCCGUCUGCGCAGAGAGCAAGAGACAUGUGCCUCCCGGUUAAGUCGUGAACAACUUUGUGUCAGAGCGCUGUGGCGCCAGGCCACCUCCCUGCGGAGCGCUUUUACACAGCUAAGGACUUUCACUGACAGGAGUCUGUCUGAUAUGCGUGGGGAGUGUGUCACUGCCAUUCAGCAGCUGCAGGUUGCCAGUAUAAACUUAGAGGCCAGAGUAACACAGGCGAGCAUCCCUAGUGGCGUGGAAAUAUCAGCUCUGGAGAGGCAGCUGAAGGACAAGCUGAAAGAGGCCAUGCAGCUUCAGGGACAAUGGAAUGCAGAGAAAGUUGCCCUAAACUCUAGAAUUGUGGAACUGACUGAUACUGUAAAGCACCUUCGGAGCCAGAACAGUGAGAAGGAUGCCAGCCUCCACACCAUGCAGUUUAGUCUGGACCGGAUGGAGACAAGGAGAACAGAGGACAGAGCAGACAUGGAGGUCCUUCAUACAGAGAUUCAAUCCCUGAAAAAGAUUUUAUAUGAAGUUCAUCAGUUGGUUGCUGAAGGUGGUGAUAGUGGUGGUUCUGAAAGUGUAUUGUUUUCAUCUCCCGGCUGGUCUGCCCUCAAAAACACCACCCUGAUGACUGUGCAGAGUGCUCUAUCUAAGCACCAGAAAGAAGUACAGGACCUACAUGGAUCUCUUGGUGCUGCCCUGGAGCAAGUGGACACACUUCGCAAUCACGUACAGAAGAAGGACGCUGAGAGGAGAGAGAUGGAGCAGAAAAUCCAAGAAUUAAAGAGGGAAAGUGAAAAUGCUAAAACAGCUUUAGAGAAUAGCCUCAGAGACAGCAAUAGAUAUCGCUCCUCGGUGGAGCUAAUCUCCAGUGAAAAGAGCAGCACUGAGAAGCUGCUUUCAGGGCUACAGCAGGAGGUGGACUCCCAGCACGCUGAGCUGGAGGUACUGCGUGGCUCAUCAUUGGAGUUUCAGAGAGAGCGGGACCUCCUGAGGCAGCAAAGGGAGGAUCUAGAGAUGCAGCUGGCACGCCAGCGCACAGAGGUCCAGAGAGGUGAGAGGAGUCUGGAGGAGCUUGAAGAGAAGCACUCUGAUUUGCGCAGGGAACUUGUAGCAGUGAAAGAGGAGCUGAGUCACAUCUCCCUGCAAAAGGAGGUGUUGGAAGAUGAUAAGGCCAGCCUUGCUGUGGCUUUCAGCAAGCUGGAAUCCCAGAAUGCUGCACAGGAAAUAGCCCUCACUAAAUUGCAGAAUCAAGAGGCUGCCCUAAAGGAUUCUUUGGCAAAGAUGGCUGCUCUGAGUGAAGGCUUAGCUAAAGACAAGGUGGAACUCAAUCGUAUUCUGCUACAGACAGAGCGUCAGAAAGCAGAGCUUGGGGAACUUAAACGGGAUGCUGAAGUAGAGCGGGCAGCAGCCAGGGAGGAAAAGGCCCGGGUGCAGCAGGAUAUGAUGAAUCUCCUUGCUGAGAAACAAGCCCUGGAUGGCUCCUACAACCUCUUGCAAAAUCUCUACCAAAGGGCAGAAGCAGAGCUGGGCCUCAUGAAGAAGGAGAAUGCUCAGGUCCUUGAGCAACAAACUCAGGUCAACAGGCAAAUGCAAAAAGUGUCAGAGGAACUGUGUGCGUGCAUGGAAGAGCUUGAGACACAGACCACAGCCCUAAAGAGAGCUACCCAUGACAGAGAGGAGCUGGCCAAAGACAAGACUGCAAUGGACGUCAAACUGAACUCUGCUGAUCGAAAGGCCUGUGGUCUCAUGCAGGAGCUGGUUGCACUUAGAGCAGAGAAGGAGUCCCUUGAGACCACUCUGUUUGAGAGCCAGCAGCUUGCCUCGUCUCUGGAGGCCAAGUGCACCAGGUUGGAGGGGGAGAGGCACAGUUUGCUCCUGGCUAACGAGGCCUUGACGCGUGAUGCGGCUCGAAUGCGUACAGAUACUGAAUAUCAGUUUGCACAAGCUGCAGAGGAGAGAAGUAAGUUGGAGGAGAAGGUGGCUCAGGUAGAGAGGAAGGCCUUUCUGACCCUGAACAAGAAAGAGCACAUUCACAGAGAUGAGCUAGAAGCUGAACGUAGAAAAAAGGAGAAACAGUGUGAAGAGCUGAGGGUCCUGCAAAAACGUGCCGAGGAGCAGCUACUUAGACAAUAUGAGGAGCUGCGUGAACACAGCCAGAAGGAGCUGCGGCAGGUGCAAGAGGAGUUGAGUCGGCUGCAGCAGGACUGCAACCAAAGUCUUCUGCGUGCUGAAAAUGAAAAGCAGCAGGCUUUGUCACAGAAAGAGGCAGAGAAGGUUGCCCUCACAGAGAAGCUAGUCGCCCUGCAGCAGGACCUGGCAACAGUGGAAAUGAGGCUUGAGCACAUGCAGAGGGAGGCACUUACAAAACAAGAGCAGGAUAAGGAUGUUAUCGCUGUCCUUCAGCUUGAGCUGCAAAACUUGGAAACUCGAUUUGAACAGUCUCUGAACUCCCAUGAGGAUGACAAAAAUAGUCUAAAUGAGCAGCUAAGUGAGUUGGCCCACCAGAAAGAACAGACACAGCAGGAGUUGGAAGGCCUUCGUCAGCAGCUGCAGGUAAAAGAGGAUGAACUUAUUAAAGGGUGCAAAGAGCUAAUUGAAGCUCACAGAGAGCUCCAGGAAUGUGCUCAAGAAAGAGACAAGCAGCGAAAAGAAGCCUUGGACCUGAGAAGGGUUUUGGGUGAUGUGACCAGAGAGAAAGAGGCCAUUCAAGUUUCUAAUGAGGAACUCAGGAGUUUAAUCAAGAGAGCAGAGAGUGACAAUAGCAGCUUGAGACGAGCAGUGGAGGAGAGGGAGCAGAAAGUGUCUGUCCUAGAACAAUGUCGGAGCUCAACGCAUCAAGAAGCCACCACUCUACGCAGCAGUAUGAGAGAGCUGGAGAGGGCUCGUCUGCAGGCACGCAGAGAGCUACAGGAGCUGCGCCGACAGGUAAAGAUCCUUGAAGAAGAGAACAGUCGGCAGAAAAGAGAGAUGCUGGAGCUGCAGGCUCGGGUUUGUCGGGAGGAGCAGAAAGAGGAGGACGCACGCAGUGAGGCUUUCAGUCUGAAGCAGAAGGUGUUGGAGUUAGAGGCUGGAAGACAGGCUGUGCUGAAUGAGGUUGAAGGGCUGCAGCAUCGUUUGGUGGAACUGAAAUCCGCUGAGCAAAAGAGCCGAGAGCUGCUACAACAAAGUGAAGCUUCCAGGCAGCAAAGUGAGCAGAGGCUCAGAGAAUCCUCUGCUCAGUUUGAGAAGGCCUUAGAGGAGGCAAGAGCCCAGGUCAGAGAACUCUCCGCCGAGGCUAGUCUUGCAGACAACAAGGCCCAGACCCUGGAAGAAAAACUGACCUCGGGUGAUGCAAAACAGAAAGAGUUGGAGCUCAAGUUAGAAUCGUUGUAUUCUGCUUUGUGUCGCACUGUUGGCGUCAGUGGGUUACGCAGACGAUCUCCCACGCUCUGGAAAAGUCACCUAGAAAUUAAAGAUGGAGAGCUUGAUGUGGAGUCAGUGCAAACAGCCCUUCAGGAACUCCUGCAGGAACUCAUGGAGGCUCAAAAAGACAGGGAAGACGCCAAGGCUCAGAUUGUCAGUCUAAGUCAGCAGGUAACAGAGCUCCAAGACAACCAAGAUAAAUCAGCCUCCCAGCUACUGCAACUGCAGAAAUCCUUGAAGCAAUCACAACAAGGACAAAAAGAUAUGACAGAAAGGUUGCAGGAAGCGCAUAGAUCCCUCUCCCUCCAGGAAGAAGUGUCCCACCGUGCAGACAGAGAAAAGAGAAGCCUUGAGGACGAAGUAGGUCAACUUAGGACUAGUCUACAAGCUGCUCAGGCAGAGUCCAAGGCACUACAGGAUAAAUUAAAGCUCCUGCAGGGUGUAGAAUUCCGUGCAAAUGCAGACAAACAGAAGCUCAAAGAGUCUUUAGAAGCGGCAGAGAGUAGAGUAAACUCUUUGGAGCUCUGCCAACGUACCCUUGAAGGUGAGCUCCAGCGGGCCCAGCUCAGGAUAGCAGAGCUGGAUGCAGAGGCAGGGGCACUGCAGGCGAGAUUGUCAGAGAUGAGGAAGAAGAUGGGAGAAAACGAGGACCGGUGCUCAGCACUGAAGGUCAGUGAGGAAAGGCUGACCACAGCGCUGGCUCGAGCUGAGCAACACGAGAGCCAGCUGAGGGAGCAGCUCCACAAACUGACAAACACGCUAGGUGACACCAGGGCCAACACGGGAGCCUUACAGCAGCAGAUAACACAGCUGCAGAGGGCUCUGACUGCCAGCGAGCAGGACCGGAGGCUGCUGCAGGAACGUCUUGAUAAGACCCGGGACACCCUUUCAGAGAGUAAGAGGUUGAACCACACACUUACAGAACAAACCCAAAGCCUCCAACGAGCCCAAGAAGAUUCAGAACUUCAGAAUUCCGAGCUGGAGAAACAUAACAGGGCACUGAAAGAGAGUCUGAAGCAGCGUCAGGAGGCUGAAGUGCACGCCCAGGAGAGCACCCAGCAGAUCCAGAGAGAGAGGGAUGAACUCCAUGAGAAGGUCGCCGGUCUCAAGACGACUCUCCAAAAACUGCAAAGAGAAAGAGCAGAGAUGGAGAAGGUGCUAACACGCCUUGGUAAAGACAGAUCAGCACUUAGGAAGACAUUGGAGAAGGUAGAGAUGGAGAAGCUGAGGGUGGAGGACGGGGCAGUGUCUGCAGCCAGAGAAAAGGAGCAGCUGAGACAGAUAAUCCACCGUCUGGAGCAGGAGCUGAAAGAACGGCAGGAUGAGCUACAGACUCUGCAGGCUCAGAUCUCCCAGUUGGAGCAUUCACAUGCACAGCACCUCCUGGAGGUCACGGCCCGUCAUCACCAGGAGCUGGACCUGGAGACGGAUCGUUUGAGGGACAGUCAGCUCCUAGCAGAGCAGGCCUUGGAGACCAGGGAGAAGGCGCAUCGCCAGAGAGUGAAAUGUUUGGAGGAACAGGUGCUGACUCUUAAAGAGCAAUUGGACCGCGAAACAAGAAGACGGCACAACUAUUUCAAUCAGAUGCUCCAACCUGGCGUGUAGGCGGAGAUCCUGCAGUGGAGUAUGUCGCACCUCAGGCUCGCUCAUUCGCCGCCCGUCUGGAAGCUCGCCAGACGCGUUACAUUACAAGCUACGUCCACGAGCAGACGUAAACAUGCUCCCCAGGCGCUUGUUCCCACCCAUGCAUGUGCACGUCGGAUUACUUUAAUCUGUAGGAAAACUCAGCAACAACAAACAAUGCGUGUUUUGUUUAUGAGUGGACUGAAUGUGCCAAAUUGUUUUAAGGAUUUCCUCCGGCCUGCUGCAGUUGAAGUCCAGGCUGUAUUUUGCUUUGUCAUUUUUAUAGGAAGCAACGUGAUUUCCCCAUCUGGCUCUUUACAAUUAUUCAUAAACUAAUUUGUCUUAGUGAUCAUGUAUCAGUGUAUCAUAAUCACAAUUUGUUAAUAAUUGUUUGCAGAUUCUAAGUGAUUUUCAUGGUACUGUGACAGUAUUUCAGCUUGUUGUAGAGCUUCUAUAGUGGAACCCAUUCACUUUGUGAUGUCUUGUAUUUGAUUCAAUCACUAUUAGUGUGUGGAAACACUGCGGUUGUUUUUAAUAAAGCAGGGUGUAUCAGAGCACGGUUACACAAGUUUGUUGAUGAAGAUGUUGAGAUGUGAUCAAUGACGUUUAUUCUGCUAGCCACAAGACCUUGUUAUGGAAAAAGCUCAGUGAACAAUGUGAAGGACAGCACUGCCCCGUUAUGGCAUGUGGCUUCGAGCCUUCUGUUCGCACCAUUAAAAGCCUUUGUGGGUUUGGUGUUGCGGGUGAGAGAACGACUCCCGCUCUUUGUUGCCAGUGUUUUCAUAUCGGACUCCAAGUGCGCAGUGAUCAUCAUGGCUAGAAAGCUUCGCUGGCUUCUUCAGUAAUUCCCCACAACCUUAAGAUCUUGAGCUAAUAUGUGGUCUUCCAUUCCCUGAUUAACCACAAAUAUGUUGUUUUUCCAUGUUCUGUGUCCUCACCCACAUAUGCAUGUGCUGCUUCUACAUAUGUUAAAAGCAAGUAAGUAUUUCCUGCUCUUUCUUUCAUUCCAGCUCUAACUCGGUUCAUAUUUUCUGCCCCAUUUCUACAACAGUGUGACAGCCUGCUCUUCUCGCCGUUUAACUUUUCAUGCCUUGGUAGCUGUAGGUAGUGAGAGCUUCACUGAAAGAGGAAAAUCUUGUCAGAGUUUCUUUAAAGCAGUCCUUUGAUUAUCAUAGAUCCACCCCGUGGUUAUCCAGUUACCAGCCUCUUCUCAGCUAUUGGCUAGAACCAGCUAAAUAUGCAAGGUAGUGAUUCCCUGUGGGGGGGUGGGGCCAAAACUGAAAGAACUCCUUUGGCAGGCAGAAUAGAGCUUUUAUUGAGGAUAUUUCUAAGCUGACCAUCAGGGACCAAAUCGCUGGAUUGUUUAAAAAAAAAAAAAACAA